CCGGAUGAACGCCCACGCCGCCUUCUUCCACUAAAGGUGGAUCCUGCUAACAGGAGACUCUGGAUCGUGACCAUAGCGCCUCUGUCCCCAGCUCUGGGGAAAGCCUCAUCUUAGCAAGUGGCCCUCAGCGCACCCAGCGGAUCCGCCAGCGACGCGGAGGCCGCGCGGUUUCAUCAUUAAUGCUCCUGAAGGACAAUAGCUCAUCAAGCCCCACCGAAAGCCCAGGACCCGUCGCGGAGCCUGGGCUGGCGGGGGAUGAGGCUGAGCGACUCCUCCUAGAGGUGGUUAUGUGGAGAAGGAGCAAUCCCUUCUCCCUCCUCCUCCUCCCCCCGCUACUAUCCGCGGCCCGGAGAACUGCCGCUUGCCGCCAUUGACACGCACAGAUAGAACCCAAAGAAAGGCAAAGAGUCCUGCCCGGCACCGGCGCCGCGCGGGCCGAACCUGCGCCCUGGGAGCGGCGCGCGGAGGGCACCGGGCGCCCGGAGCAGGCGGCACAGCACCAGCAUUGAGUUAGUGCCGGGAGGCCACCGUGUCAAGCAAGCUGAGAGCAAAACUAAGGCAAGAUGUCGGGCCGGAGCGGGAAGAAGAAAAUGUCCAAGCUGUCACGUUCAGCCAGGGCCGGGGUCAUCUUCCCGGUGGGGAGGCUGAUGCGGUACCUGAAGAAAGGGACGUUCAAGUACCGGAUCAGCGUGGGUGCCCCCGUCUACAUGGCUGCGGUCAUCGAAUACCUGGCAGCGGAAAUUCUAGAAUUGGCUGGGAAUGCAGCGAGGGACAACAAGAAGGCCCGGAUAGCCCCAAGACACAUCCUGCUGGCAGUUGCCAAUGACGAGGAACUCAAUCAGCUGCUAAAAGGAGUGACCAUCGCCAGCGGAGGCGUCCUGCCCAGAAUUCACCCUGAACUGCUGGCCAAAAAACGAGGGACCAAAGGCAAGUCAGAAACUAUCCUCUCCCCUCCCCCAGAGAAAAGAGGAAGGAAGGCCACGUCGGGCAAGAAGGGGGGCAAGAAAUCGAAGGCUGCCAAACCACGGACGUCCAAAAAGUCCAAACCAAAGGACAGCGAUAAAGAAGGGACUUCAAAUUCCACCUCUGAAGAUGGGCCCGGGGAUGGAUUCACCAUCCUGUCUUCUAAAAGCCUUGUUCUAGGGCAGAAGCUGUCCUUGACCCAGAGUGACAUCAGCCAUAUUGGCUCCAUGAGAGUGGAGGGCAUCGUCCACCCAACCACAGCUGAAAUUGACCUCAAGGAAGAUAUAGGUAAGGCCUUGGAAAAGGCUGGGGGGAAAGAGUUCUUGGAAACAGUAAAGGAGCUUCGCAAGUCCCAGGGCCCUUUGGAAGUAGCUGAAGCCGCCGUCAGCCAGUCCAGCGGACUUGCAGCCAAAUUCGUCAUCCACUGUCACAUCCCUCAGUGGGGCUCCGACAAAUGUGAAGAACAGCUUGAAGAGACCAUCAAAAACUGCCUUUCGGCAGCAGAGGACAAGAAGCUGAAGUCGGUGGCGUUCCCACCCUUCCCCAGUGGCAGAAACUGCUUCCCCAAACAGACGGCAGCCCAGGUGACCCUCAAAGCCAUCUCGGCCCACUUCGACGACUCGAGCGCAUCCUCGCUGAAGAACGUCUACUUCCUGCUCUUCGACAGCGAGAGCAUCGGCAUCUAUGUGCAGGAGAUGGCCAAGCUUGAUGCCAAGUAGCCGCCCCGCGCCCACUGGUGGCCACCGCGCUCACCAUCCGGAACCAGGAGGAUCAAAGUCACAGGAGCUGGUUUUUAUCUUUUAAAAGGAGAGAGGAAGGGUGACGGCAGGGGAGCGCAGGGCAGCUGAAAGGGAAGCGGGUAGCAGAGGCUGCAGGAGCAGGUCCUGCCCACGGGAAGAGCCCUCUGCAUUUUAUAUUCUCCUUAAAAAGAGCCUCAGUCUGUAAUUAACCAGGUCUCCGCCAGGGGUUUCUUUCCAUGCGUUUUCUUCCUGUUGUUUUAGAACUUUUUUAAAAAAACAGACUUCGUUUUAGAUUUAUAGCAUUGACUUUUACACACUCACAUACACAAAAUCCUUUCAAAAUUCUUAAAAUCUUCUGUUUCUCCUUUUUGCAAGGGAAGAGGGCAAAGAAGUGACUUGGGCUUUGUUGGCUGUCUGUAUUCAGUGAUGGAGAGAAGAAAAUUAGAAAGGCAUCUUACUGGUGCUUUUCUUUCUGUUUUAGCGCCCCUACCCUUACCCCUAUAAUAUCUGUAACUACUCCUAGAAAGAUUUUGCUUCAGGCUUUUUUUUGUUUUGGUUUUUUUUUUAAAGAAAAAGAAAAUGAAAGGAAAAAAAUAAAAGAUCCAGUGUCUUUCUUA